UUACAGGCUCUAACAACUAUCUUACAACCUCCACCAAUGGCAACAUAUCUUGCCUUCUAUCCUGAAGAUAAUAAUAAAAUAGUUGUUGGCUUGGAUGACUGCAGCAUAAUUAUAUUCAAUAUUCAUGAAAAUGAUCAGCCUAAAAUCAAGCUUGAGGGUCAUUCUAAAAGAGUUACUUCUUUUGCCUUCUCAAAUACUUUGAAUCUUCUUGUUUCUGCUGAUGCAAGUGCUCAGAUUAUUGUAUGGAAUAGCAGAAGCUGGGAAAAAUUGAGAGAUAGAAACUUGCAAAUGAAAAAUGCGACGCAAAUAUUAUCUGAAACUCAAAUUCAAUUUCACCCUGACCAACAAAAAUUUCUUGUUGCACAUAACAUUCUUCUUGGAAUUUAUGAAGCAACAGAACUACAAUGUGUCAGCCAGUGGGAUCCAAAAUUUGCAACAGUAAUCAACCAAGCAACAUUUUCAUCUAAUGGUCAAAUGGUGUAUGCUAGUUUUGGUGAUGGAACUUUGGCAAUAUUUGAUGCAUCAAAUUUUCAAAUGCAUUAUAUGAUUCAUCCCUCUAUUUACCUUUCAUCAAUUUCCAGUUUGAAAAUCUAUCCAACUGCUAUAGCUGCACAUCCUCAGAAACCAAACCAAUUUGCUGCAGGAUUCACAGAUGGUAGUGUUUAUGUGUUUGAGCCAAAGGAACCACCAAGUGGUAAUUGGAUUAUGCCUCAAGUUUGAGAUGGAUUGGUGAAACAUAUGAAUAUUGUUCACCAAAACAACAUUAAUGAAUAAAUGUGUCACCUUGAGGUGUGGCCAAUUUUUAUAUUUUGCUCUUUUUAGGCUUUUGUCAUGACACUAUUUGGCAAAACCUUUAUCUUGGCUUAAUAUUUAUUUUAAGUUUUUUUGUUGGAUUUCUUACAGUGGAAAAUCUACUGUUUUUGAUGGUAUUGUUCUUUGAACCAAUAAUUUUAUUAAAUGAGUUAUUA